AUGAUUCCUGGAGUCAUCCAGCAUACGCUCGGCCUAUCUGAGACGCAGCUCGUCGCCGUCACGCAGUACCACAGCGGCGGGAAGCUCGGCUUUCCCGUCGCCGUUGGCCGCAUGGCGGUGUCGGGCGAGACGCUGCAGGCUGCCGAUGAGCGCGACGUGAAAGGCAAGGCGGUGUACGUGCUGCACACGUGGAAGGACGCGCUCUGGGACAUGGGUGCGAGCAGGGCGGAGAGUGUUCCGGAGCCGCGGGAUCCGCGAUCUGACGCUGAGGAUGCGCAGGAUGCCAAUGGCGAUGGGACCAGUGUGUCUCCAAGUGACGCACAGAACGGGGCUCAGAGCCAAUCCGCGGGCGAUGCAACGGUAUCCGCGCAGGAGACCCAGAAGAAUACUGCGGCAGCGCUCACGCCCGAAGACACCUCCCAGCAUCUCCGCACUGCCCUUCUCCAAGCUCUCUCUACGACGCUGCGCUCCUCGCCACCGUCUACGUUCCCCAUGCCUGCGUCUACAUUCUGGAGCGCAUACGUCCUCCCCGCGCGGCCGAUUGAAGCGGCAGGGGCUGACGUGAAGCAGUCCACAUUCAAGUCUGUCAAGGUGUUCCUGAAGGCUGCUGCGAAGGAGGGGCUCAUCAAGCUCAAGGACACGAAGGGCGGGGACGUUGUCGUCACCGGGGUAUUUCCACAGCAUCCUGCCGUGGAGGAGCACCGCCCCGUGCGGACGGUGCAGGACGUGGACGCUAAGGCGCAGAAGGCCGAGGCCCGUGAGCGGCGGGAGCGCGAGGAGGAAGAGCGGCGGCGCGGCGAGCUGCAUAUCACGGAGCUGUGGAAGCCCAUCGGGAGCACGCUCGGCUGGUUCGCCUCCACCGGGAAAGACACGUCAAAUCUGUACACAAUCGCGGACCUAAAGGCCGCAUUCGACGCGUACGUGGCGGAGAAGAACCUCGUGAACGCGCAGGAGCGGCAGUUCGUGAACGUGGGCGAGGACGCGGCGCUCGCGCACGCCGUAGCCAGGAAGAACGAGGAAGUGGAGUUUAUGCGGCGCGAGGAGGUGCUCGCGCGUUUGCGUGAGCACAUGCAGAGCUGGUACGAGAUACAGGUGGAGGGGAAGGACGCAGUGAGGAAGAAGGGGCAGCUCAAGCCGAUCCAGGUCGCCGUGAAGAUCCGCCAGGGCCGGAAGGCGUGCACGCUCGUGACGGGCUUCGAGGCGUACUUCCUCGGCGCGGAAGACCUCGCAGACGAGCUCCGGAAGCUCUGUGCGAGCGCAACGUCGGUGUCGUCCGUUCCGGGGAAGCCGAACGAGGCCGAGGUGAUGGUGCAGGGGAAGCAGAUUAAGGCGGUUGCGGACUUGCUGGUGGCGAAGGGCGUACCGAAGAAGUGGAUCGAGAGUGCAGACAUGACGGAGAAGAAGAAGUAA